AUGGCUCUCUCUCUAAGGGAUAGGACCCCACUCAAGCCUGAGAUCCGGCUUGCUCAAGCCGUGUCAGAAUUUGAGGCUAUUCUCACUUCUGAGCAGAAGGUUUCUUUCAGCGCAUCGCGAUCAUCGGCGGCUAGUACAGCGCCUUCGAUGUCAGACGUGAUGCGUUUGACCGCCGAGAUCGAUUUCAAAGCUACCAACAAACAUGGCCGCGGGCGAUGUCUCGGUCCAAGAAUGACCAAUAUUCUUCAGUCCAUACAACAGUUUGCCGCUCUUGGCGAUGUCGUAUUUGGCGGGUCGCAAAACCUCAUUGCAUGUGGUGUUUGGGCUGCUGCAAGAAUGACGCUUCACGUCAUGACAGGCUAUUUCACCUACCUGGAGAAGCUAUCUCUGCUCUUGAUGUCGGUCGGCCGAAACGCGCCACGUUACCAGGCUUUGGCGGUUAUUUAUCCCAAGUCAAAGAACCUACAGCGCUAUUUGUACGAAUACUUCAUCAUCAUCACCAGACUCUGUCAUCAGUCCGUCGCUUGGACCCAGAAAUCAUCCUUGAAACGAGUGUCUUCGUCGAUCGGUGACCCUGACAUGAAGAACUUCCAGUCAGAUCUUGAAGUGUGGUCGACUUCUAUCAGAGAGGAGGCCAACCUACUACUCAGCCAAAAGGUGGACGAGGAGGCAAAGCAUAACAGGAGCUUUCGCAACUGGAUCACGAAUAGAAACGAAAGAGUACAGUGGCAAGAACGGAUAAAGUCAUGUGUCGCCUUCCUGGACGCAUGCUCUCAGUACGACUAUCGUACCCCCUGGAAACAAAGCCGCAAACAUGGAACGACUUCCGUUCUGAAAUCUUCUAGCCAAUACCAGCAAUGGAAGCAUAGUCAGUCUGGUGAUCGCUCACUUAUCGUUCACGGUACACUGGGGGCUGGGAAGUCAGUUCUCCUAGCUAACAUUGUCGACGACCUCAAUCUUCAAGACAACACUGUGGUCCUUUAUCUUUUCUCUCGCCAUGAUGACUUCUCUAGUCUCAAAGCCAGAACUAUACUCGGAUCACUUAUUAGGCAGUUGCUUGAGAUUUUCGUUAACGACGACAGCUUCAGCCAUAUCUUCGUGAACACUAUAUCUGGCGUUGACUUGGAAGAUAUCAUGAGCACUUUUAGGAAAUUCCCAUCCCAUCCGCGGGAGGUCUAUGUGGUUGUGGAUGGACUCGAUGAGUGUCCUUUUGAAGAACAGCAGACAGCACGACGCUGCCUCACAGUCCUCCAGUCCAUUGGUUACAAGCUAUGCGUAUCUGUCAGGACACCAGAAAGAACUACAAUCUGGGAUGAACGAGCGUUUCAAUUUCAGUUAUCAAUUUCAGAGAACAAUCCUGACAUUGUAGACUAUGUGCAAGCUGAAGUCGACAAUCGAGUCCGAGAUGGGAGACUGACCACUCGUGACCCUGAACUUGUGAAAGACAUCAAAGAAGAGCUGAUGAGAGGUGCAGGUGGCAUGUUUCUCUGGGUCACACUGCAACUGGACUCUGUUUGCAUGGAGAUGUCUGAUCACGACAUCCGCGAAGCGAUUAAGGACCUGCCCCCUGAUCUAACGCAAACCUACGAGCGAAACCUCAUGAAGGCUAACGCAAACGAUUUUAAACGUCACCAUACUAGAAUCUUCAAGCUACUUGUUGGUGCGAGAGAGCUUUUGACAACUGAUCAACUACGUGAGGCUGUCAGUGUCACUAUUGGAAAUACUACGUGGGACCCAAGGCGAGAAAUCGGCGACAUUCACGCCGUGCUCCAGUUUUGUGGUAGCUUGGUGAUGGUCGAUGAAGAGGACGAUACAGUUCGCUUCAUUCAUCAUAGUGCACGAAGCUUCUGUCUUAGUUCACCUCGUAAUGGCGCAGAGUGGACUUUCACCAAGAAAGAAGCGGACGAGAACUUGGCAGAAACAUUGGUCACUUACUUGAGCUACAAUGUGUUCGAUACUAGGCUAUCAAGGAAUCGCGUGCCACAUUUUGAUGCCAACAAAAUCCCGAGAGAGGUUGUGAUGAGCGCUUUGAGCAAACACGACAUUGGGGUGAGUUUUGCUGAAAGGUUUUUAAAGCCACGGUCUUUGGCGAGACAUAAUGUUGGACCAAUUCUCGCUGAAGCCGGCGCCUUUAGAAAUAGGGACGAACAUGAGCACUUUUCCUUGCUGCCUUAUGCCAGCAAACAUUGGAUCCAGCACACAGCACAUUUAGAUCAACUUUCCAUAAUGCCGCAAUGGUGCCGCCUGCUCGAUCACCCUACAUUCGGUAUUAAACUCGAUGACGUUUCUGUCCCACAGACUAUGCGCUCGGCGGAUCAUAAUCCCAAAGGUCAUCCUACUGCUUCGCGCCAAAUGAUCUGGGCAUUACAGCAUGGACAUAUCCUACUAUUGAAACAUGAACUUGUCGCACCCAGGGGCAUACGAAAGGUUCAAGCCUAUGUAGCGCUCUGGCGUUAUUUGAGGAAUAUCAAGCCUCUCACUAUCAAAGAAAGCAUGGACUAUCAGCUCGUUAAGUGGCUAUGUCCUAUGUUCUUACGUUUGCGCAUGCAUCAUCCCGCCAAAUACUACUUCUUAACCCGCCUCUCCAUCUUUGAUGAUUAUUACGCUGAUAUCGUUGAAGAGGCCGUGGCCGUCGAUGAUUUGGAGGCAAUCGCUGCACUUCUGGCUCACGACGACCUGAUAGAAGCGAACUUCUCCUUUAUCAGUCCACGGAUUAUGAAGGUAGCUGCUUCGUAUGAGCAAACAAGACCUCUCCAACAUCUAAUGACAAAUGUUCUAAACACUACCAACAGCAUCAAAGAUAUGACCUCGGACAUGCCAGAUCCUGUUCUAUUGAGACUUCUUUACCGUUCCCUACGGGCUGGUGUAGACUUGAGUGUUUUACGGGAUAAUGGAGCAUACAUAACUAUGAAACUGCUUUGCAGCUACACAGGCUUUUCGACAGUAGCUCAAGAGAUCUUCAGAUCCCUACUCCCGAAGACUACCACAGAGAUAGGCCCCUACAGAAAGGAUGUUCUCCUACACAAAGCUUGCCUAAGCGGAGACAUAGAAGUGGCAGACACUUUACUGCGAUAUUCGUCAGACCCUAACACGCGUAUGAAUGGAGGUUCAUGUCUAGACGCUACUCUAUAUGGAUUAUCCCAGGGCCGACUACGUUUAGUAUGGCGUCUUUUGAACCAUGGGGCGAAACCUGAGUGUGCAACAGUGGUUCGAGCAACACAGCUCAGACAGUGGGCAGUUGCUCUAUGCCUCCUAGCAGUAUAUGCCGUUCGAGCCGAAUCAGAUACCUCUGGUCUUGACUUCCAAGAACCUUUCUUUUUGGUCUACACUUUUGACCAUUGGGAUGAAAUCGAACCCCUAUUUAAGCUCUCUAUUCCAAUUCCAGGAACGUUUUUUGAAUCUCCGUGGAGAGAUGUUUUUUACCCAUUGCAUCAACUAUCAAUGUUUAAAUCAAACUGUUGGCUUGAUUGGCAAUUCUUUUUCGUGCCCUGCUACUCUUGGAAAGGCAAAUGGAGGUCAAUUACUAAUCAGGAAGUAAAAGACUUCACUAACCAAGUACAAGAGGACAUGUUAUCAAUACCUCAUUAUGCGGAAAAGGCACUGAUUGAGAAUCCUGCCAAUACAAUGAAAGAGGACUCUCCCUACAUUUACCAGUAUUCUUUAGAGUAUGUUCUUCUCAGAGCAAAUUCGACUCCAUGGGUCAAAAUCACCACUCCUAACUCUUUUUCUGUUAUUGCUGAAAUAUCUAGAAGGUGGAACUGGUUAUCCGUUAGAGAAGAGUGGGACGAACCGGAAAAGAUGUGCCAUACACAAGACUCUGAUAGUACACCUUUUGCCGUCUGGAAGGACUCUAGGAACUUGGACGGUCUCGAUAUUUGGCAACUUUCCAUCUCAACCGAGGAGACGGUGCAGAUUCACGGAUUGAUCGAUCAACGUCGUCGCAGAUGGGAUCUAGUUCGCUCCGGGCUUUCGGAAAGUCAAUGGGCUGUUCGAGAACUCCGCAAGUCUCUUGUCUUGCUUCAAAGCCUACCCGUUCCCUCCAAAUUCUCUGUACAUGAUACGAGGGUACCAGCCAAAUACCUGCCAAGAUGGUCAACUACCGAGCAUGGCUCCAUGGAACGCUUUGGCUUCGGCUUUGCAUACAUGAGUGUUCGCAUUCAAUGGUUAAGAACACUGGGGCUUCUGCUUACAAUGGGGUCGCUGACGUACACGGACUUCCCUAAUGAACUGCUCGAGGAUGUUGGUGAAAUAUUUGACGCUCCACCCCGCCUCCUGGAGCAUCUUACUAUGUAUCGACACGGUAUUAUGCCUUUAACGCUUGAAGCAUCGUUUUUAGGUCCAAAGUUGGGUCGCUAUCUCUUCAGACAUGUUUUCCGCAAUAGCAACUGGCUAUCGGAGGUAACUUCUUGGUUGGAACAAGUGGACCCAACAAUCUUUGCUUGGACAAUGGGUGCCGACGCGCCUCUGUCUUUCAUAAGAGCUUUCCAGAGCUUUCGAUACGCGGGAGUGCCGGAAGAUGAGAUGGAAAGAUUAGAGUCCGCAUUGGAGGUUGCACGUUCAAAGCUUGUUGAGUUGGUGUAG